AUGAUAUCAACACGCGCCUCCCAGCUUCCUCAAGCCGCUGUCCGAGCGCGCUGCCCUCGACGUGCACACGUCCGCGCAUCGCUUCCGUCGCGCCACUUCUCCUCCUCCAGACCUUGUUUCGACCAGCAGUUCCACAGGAAGGAGUCAUUCAGAUCCCGGCUCAAUUCAGCAUUGAAGAAUACGAAAAUCAAAUGGGAGCCCAUACCGAUUGCUCUUGGUGUAGGCUUCCUCGGAGUGUGGCAGUUGUAUAAGGUUCAGAAAAGAGAAAAGCAUACGCACCGGGAAACAGGAGAUGAUACCGAGACCGUGGUAGACCAGUAUGGCACGCCAAAGAAGCGCGAAAGGAUACGACCGAGCGGGCCUUGGACUGUUCAGAUCAUGUCGACGUUGCCACUGAAGGCGCUGUCGCGACUUUGGGGCCGCUUUAACGAGAUCGACAUACCGUACUACUUCCGUGUACCUGGCUUCAAACUCUACUCAUUCAUCUUCGGUGUCAACCUCGACGAAGUAUCGGAACCUGACCUGCACGUCUACCCCAAUCUUGCCGCUUUCUUCUACCGAACACUCAAGCCCGGCGUGCGUCCUCUAGAUCCGAAUUCGAACGCCGUGCUAUCCCCCGCAGAUGGAAAGGUCAUUCAAUUCGGGACCAUCGAGCAUGGAGAGGUUGAGCAGAUUAAGGGCGUGACUUAUAGUCUAGAUGCUUUGCUAGGGUCCGUACGCCCAUCCAAGCCGACACCGCAAAGUCUAGACACGAGAGAAAAUACCAGCGAUCAACACACCAAGGUUGGAUCUGAGGAUGUGAUGCGGGCGGACGAGGAGUUCGCCAAUGUCAAUGGCAUCUCAUACACCCUUCCGAACCUUUUCUCAGGUCCAUGGCCGAAGAAUGGAAAGCCUGCAGAGAUGCCGACUGACCAAGCCACACACUCACAUCCCUCUUCCGAAGCCGAAGUCAGCGCCGAUCUUGCGCUGAGCGAGUCUGCGAGACCAUGGUGGGCACCAGGAAACUCAAUAAAGACACCCACCGCGCUAUACUACUGCGUCAUCUAUCUUGCGCCGGGAGAUUAUCAUCGCUUCCACUCGCCGGUAUCUUGGGUCGUCGAAUCUCGACGCCACUUUGCUGGCGAGCUUUUCAGCGUGUCCCCUUACCUCCAGCGCACUCUCCCUGGCCUCUUCACCCUCAACGAGCGCGUUGUGCUUCUUGGUCGCUGGAAAUGGGGCUUCUUUUCCUACACCCCCGUCGGUGCGACAAAUGUCGGUUCCAUCAAGAUCAACUUUGAUCGAGAACUGCGCACAAAUUCCCUUACAACUGAUACCGCUGCCGACCGUGCCGCUGAAGAAGCACAGGCGCGCGGGGAGCCAUACUCUGGAUUCGCAGAAGCUACAUACAGCAACGCAAGUGCGGUGCUGGGAGGUCAUGCGCUGAAGAGAGGCGAAGAGAUGGGUGGAUUCCAGCUUGGAAGUACCAUUGUACUGGUCUUUGAGGCUCCAAAGGGAGUCCGACCAAGUUUGGACGAAGGUUAUGGAGGCUGCAGGAAAGGCGGGUUCAAGUGGAACAUAGAGCAGGGUAAGAAGGUCAAGGUUGGAGAGAGUCUGGGAUAUGUAGAGGAGACACAAUAG